GGAAACUGCACUUUCUUGCCUCUCCGUAAUAGAAAACCUAAAACCCCAAAACCCUCUGGCAGAGCUCAAAGACCGUCCAGAUAAAAUGAGCUCUUCCUCAGAUCCGUUCGUUGGCUCUCGGUAAUCCAACUUCCGCUCGCUUUCGGUUAUUCUCAAAUGCAAGAAUACAACUUGUUCAUCGUUUUAAAUUCAUAUGGUCUCCAACCACGUAAACCUAUUCAUAUAUUCUAUUUGGUGUAUUGGGAUCGAUUCUAAUUCACCAUUUGACAUGUUUCAGUCUUCUUAUUUGAGGCUAACUUGCACCAGGCACUGCCUUGAUUUGUUGUUAAGAGUUCUCUUACAAAAUCUUCAAUUUCCGAGUGUUGCUGUUUCUGGGUCCUUAAAUUUGAUACGUGGAUAUUGAGUGAUUUCUCCAGCUAGUUCCUGAAAGCUUUAUUUAGAACAUGAGUUUGCUUAUUUUUGAGGUUAAUCGUCUGGGAGUUCUUCAUUGUUUACGUUCAUGUAUUUGAGUUUGCCAUUAUUGUUUUGAAUGGAUAGCAAAAGUUUGAAAACUUUAGCGCAUAGAAUCUGGAUUUCAGUAUAUUGGUAUGUUUAGGUUUGUGGAAAAACCUGGAACAUGCUCUUUCUGCGACUUAUUCGCAGAUUAUGCCAUGCCGCUGUUGCUGAUGUUAGAUCGAGUUAUAGCCCUGCAGUUGUAUCGAAUCACGCUAAAAAUUCGAAACCAUUGGAAGAACCUGCUCUUCUUAAGCUCAAAGCUGAACGAGACCCAGAAAAGCUGUUUAAUAUAUUCAAGGCUAAUGCUCAUAAUCAGCUAGUUAUUGAGAAUCGUUUUGCUUUUGAAGAUACAGUUUCUCGGUUAGCUGGGGCAGGUCGGUUUGAUUACAUAGAGCAUCUACUUGAGCAUCAAAAGACUCUGCCACAGGGUAGGCGUGAGGGCUUUAUUAUAAGGAUUAUAAUGUUGUAUGGAAAGGCAGGAAUGGCGAAGCAUGCUAUUGAUACUUUCUACAACAUGCAUUUAUAUGGAUGCGGGAGGACUGUCAAAUCUUUCAAUGCUGUACUUAGUGUUUUGGCACAAACCCGUAAUUUAGGAGCUAUUGAUUCAUUUCUUCAAGAGGGCUCCGAGAAGUUUGGCAUAUCAUUGGAUAUAUUUUCAGUUAAUAUUGUUAUUAAAGCUUUCUGUGAAAUGGGCAUUUUGGAUAAAGCAUAUCUUGUCAUGGUAGAGAUGGAGAAGAUGGGAAUACGGCCAGAUGUAGUUACAUACACUACACUCAUGUCAACAUUCUAUAAGUACAAUCGAUGGCAGAUUGGCAAUGGACUUUGGAAUCUUAUGGUGUACAAGGGUUGUUUACCAAGUAUUGCAACAUUUAAUGCUAGGAUUCAGUUUUUAGUCAAUAGUAGACGGGUGUGGCAAGCUAAUGAUCUAAUGCGGUUGAUGCAGAAUCUUGGGAUAAUGCCUGAUGAGGUGACAUAUAAUUUGAUCAUCAAAGGUUUCUGCCUGGCGGGAUACCUUGAAAUGGCUAAAAGGGUUUAUUCUGCUUUACAUGGCAAGGGAUGCAAACCUAAUGUUAAAAUAUACCAGACAAUGAUUCACUAUCUCUGUAAGGGGGGAGAAUUUGAUUUGGCAUAUACAAUGUGUAAAGAUUGCAUGAGAAAACAUUGGUUUCCAAAUAUAGACACGAUCUAUUCAUUGCUUGAAGGCCUUAAGAAGAAUGGACAACUUGAUAAGGCUAAGCUGAUCAUAAUGUUAUCUCAUAGAAGAAAACCUCCUUUUUCUCCCAAACAAUUCGGUUAUUUGCAAUCCAUAAUCACGAGUUAACUUCUUGUGAUGGACUCAUAACAUUUGACAAGAGCUAGUAUUCCUUCUAUUCAGUUUGGUAAACACGCAACAAAAAGAACAUCCUCCUCUUCUUUUUUCAGUUAAUUUGUUGUAGCAUCUCAAUAAAGGUCGUGAGAUAAGAGUUCUAAGGAGCAUUGCUGACCUAAAUUCUUGUUUCUGAGAUUCUGCAUACUUCAUUCGGGUGUUCAGCUUCAGCAAUGAAGAACAGAAUGGCUAUGGGGAGAAGGAAAACUCAUUGAUUGUUAUCAAAUGCUAAAAUCAUAUGAAAGUUUUGACUGUCAAGCAGAACUACCUCAACUGAUGGAAUUGCUCCAACAAAACAGCCCCUUCGAUGGCACUGUAAACAAGGGAAUAUUAGCAGAUAGCAGGAUCUGCUGUAGCAAUUUUUCUAAGCUAGAACUGAGUGCUGACGGGCUGCAAGGUGGGGCUCUAGAUCAUUUUGUACCGAACAAUUUUUGAAACUGAAUAAUGCUGCUCUAGAAAGUAGAUGAACUAGUGUGAAUAGAUAGACUUCCGGAGCACUGUCUAAUUGUCGGCAGCACCAUAGAAAGUGGUUCAAACAUGUGAAUAGAUGAACCACGAGUGUAGUUUAGGUGCCUGAAUAAGGGAUGUAUAUUCCAAGAUUUUGAAUCGGCAAAGGUUAGUCGGUCUUCUCAUUUGGGCAAUGGGAGGUUUCAGAGGUCAAAAAUAUGAGAAUGGCUUCCGGACCAGACUCUCUGUUUAAAGAUCCUGGAAGGAAUUGGGAUUGCUGUUAUGAUGGAAUCAACGAAGGAUAAUCGGAGAUCAUACGAUCAUACAAGACCACAAAUUAUAGGUCACACUUUUCUGUGUUACAAUUGAUUCAAUUUGUUCAACAUAUUAAUGAUUCUUUUUUUUUUUUGGGUAAUAAAGGAGAUCAUGUUGUUUCAAGGAGAAAACACAGUUUUGUUUAGCCUUAGCUUUUGAUUUUGGAUCAAAUCCUGGAUUUGUUGUAGAGUGAUGAUGUGUUUUUUCUUUUUCCUGAUUAGUUGUUGAAGCUUAUAAACUGAGAGGACCUCUGGAAAAUUAUAUACUGAUUGGAAUAUAUAGU